GAAAUCGAACGGAAGACCUACGCACUAACGAAGAAACCUAAUUUUUUUUUUUUUUGCUAAUUCUUAAAAAUUUCUGUAAAUUUCAUCAGUAAAUUAGCCAUUUCAGCCUUCAGGUUCAGAACUCUUAUCAAAACACUAGUCUCUUCUUCAGUUCUUCUCCAAGCCGACAUGAAUUCAGUGACCGCUGCCUGAAAAUGUCACCGGAGCUCUUAUCAGACUACUCUCUACUACUUCUCAAGUCUUCAUCUUCCUGAGAGGAACUCACCCACAAACUAACAAGAUUGUAGUUAAGCUCGUUCGAUAGUAUACAUUCCAGUACGAAUCUGAACCCGAUGGAUAUUGUUGAAUCUAUACAAGAUCUUCCAGUUCAGGAUCCACCAGCGGAGGAGUUCUCCUCUGCUGAUUUGACUUGGACCAAAUUUGGCAGUUCCGAGAAUCAUGAUGAUGCAGCCCUCAUUCCUUAUGACCGAGUAGACGAAUUUAUAAUCGGUGAAUGCUCAAAUUUAGAGUGUCCAACGCGAUUUCAUAUUGAGAGGGGAAGAAAAAGAAAGAAGGGCUGCUUAAAGGAGUACGCUGAUGAUGAGUAUUUGGAAUAUAAGCUGUAUUGGUGUUCUUUUGGUCCUGAAAAUUAUGGGGAAGGUGGGGGUAUUCUACCUAGCAGAAGAUAUCGACUCAACACCCGCAAUCGCGCUGCUAGACCUCAAUCUAUGCGGGGCUGUACAUGCAAUUUUGUGGUGAAGCGUCUCUAUGCACGUCCAUCACUUGCACUACUUAUCUAUCAUCAGAGGCGUCAUGUGAACAAAUCUGGUUUUGUUUGCCAUGGCCCACUUGAUGGAGAUGCCAUUGGCCCCGGAGCCAAGACAGUUCCAUAUAUCUGUAAUGAGAUUCAACAACAAACAAUGUCUAUGAUCUAUCUGGGUGUUCCUGAAGAGAAUAUACUAGAAAAACACAUUGAGGGGAUUGAGCGAUAUUGUGCUUCAAAUGCAAAAGUCAAUAGCCUUGCUUCCCAGUAUGUCCACAAACUUGGGAUGAUUAUCCAAAGGUCUACCCAUGAAUUGGAUCUUGAUGAUCAAGCCAGCAUCCGCAUGUGGGUUGAGCGCAAUAAGAAAUCCAUAUUCAUUCAUCAGGAUACUUCAGAAACUGAUCCUUUCAUUCUGGGGAUUCAGACAGAGUGGCAACUGCAACAAUUGAUACGUUUUGGCCAUCGCAGUCUCAUUGCAAUUGAUUCAACAUUUGGCAUAAAGAGACUUAAGGAUCCGCUGCCAGAAGUAAUUGUCAUAAUGAACAAGUCAAACUCUUGUGUGUCUAUCUUGUAUCCUUUGUGCACACUUGUUGUCUUUGAUUCAAGACAACAUGCACUCCCUGUUGCAUGGAUCAUCACACGCAGCUUUUCAAAGCCAGAUGUGUCUAAAUGGAUGACAGCCCUACUUGGUCGAGCUCGUAGUGUUGAGCCUGGAUGGAGGGCCAGUGGGUUUUUAAUUGAUGAUGCAGCAGCUGAGACUGAUCCCAUCAGGGAUAUUUUUGGUUGUCCUGUCCUAUUUUCCCUCUGGCGUGUUCGAAGAUCAUGGCUGAGGAAUAUUGUAAAGAAAUGCAAUAACAUUGAAGUUCAACGGGAACUUUUUAAACGUCUGGGUAAUAUUGUGCAUGGCAUUUGGGGUGCAAGUGAUACAGCGGUUGCCUUAGAACAACUUACCCAGGAUUUUGUUGAUCAGACUGCUUUUAUGGAAUAUUUUAAAAGUCAUUGGGUGCCUAAGAUUGAAAUGUGGCUUUCAACAAUGAGAAGUCUUCCGCUUGCAAGUCAGGAGGCAUCUGGUGCUAUUGAAGCAUAUCACGUGAAGUUGAAAGUGAAAUUGUUUGAUGAUUCACAUCUUGGAGCACUCCGAAGAGUUGAUUGGUUAGUGCACAAACUGACAACUGAGCUGCACUCAGGCUACUGGCUCGACCGAUAUGCUGAUGAAUGUGAUUCUUUUCAAAACGUCAAGGAAGAAUAUAUUGCUUCUACAUCUUGGCACAGAGCACUGCAAAUUCCUGAUUCUGCUGUUACCUUGGAUGAUAAAAACCGUCUCUUUGCCAAGGUUUCAAGCCAGAAAGACAGUAGCAUUGUACAUCUAGUGUGGAAUCCCGGAUCAGAAUUUUCCUUUUGUGACUGUGUGUGGUCGAUGCAAGGAAACGUUUGCAAGCAUGUCAUCAAAGUCAAUAUGAUCUGUGAAAGUCAUCAAGGUUAUCAACCUUCCAUGUCUUUCCAGUCAUUCAAAGAGUUGCUCGUCAGCCUAUCAAAGAAACCAAUGGAGGAUUCAAUUUCACAAGAUCUAUCAAUGGCCUGGACUAUGCAAAUGCUCGAGCAAAUACGGAACCUUGUAGAAGUGACUAGAGCCGAUGAUAUUGGCACCGUGGUAAACAAUCUGCCACUGCAAUGGGCUUCCAGAAAAGGUAGAACAGGUGUUGGAAAGCCAUCAACUGCUCUUACUCUUCCUUCUAGUAAAAGGAGUGCAUCAAGGCAAAAGACCCGCAAACGAAGAAGAUUGUCAAGAUUAACAUAGUUUAGUUUUCUUGCGUUGCAAGAUUAGAUACAAGGCAACUCUUUUUGUACGACUGUCUUUGAUUCAUAUUCUUUAUGAAAGAAGAUAGAUAACACUGACAGUUCAGCUGUGAUAAGUUUUUGAUAUCCAAUCCAACAGUGAAAUUGUAGAUAAACUUGGCAAUGAGAGAUUCUUAUUUAUACAUGGUGAAA